AGACAGGUAAACAAGUGCAGCUCUGGUUCAGUCGCUCCAUCACUCCAACAACACAAAUCACUAAUGAUCUCAACAACGUCCAGCACAGCAGAGAUGGUUACGCAAGGUAAACUUCAGAUCAACACUGUGGACAAUAUCGAAGAUAAAAACUCAGGGAGCCUGGGUUGUUGCGGUUGGAUCUUGGUCCUCAUAUCCUUCCUCUUUAUAAUACCAACCUUCCCGCUCUCAAUAUUUAUGUGUGUUAAGAUAGUGAAGGAGUAUGAGCGAGCCGUCAUUUUCAGACUCGGCCGGAUCAAAGACAGGAAGCCUAAAGGACCAGGACUUUUCUUUGUUCUGCCCUGCACUGAUACCUUUGUGAAAGUUGAUCUGAGAACUGUGUCCUUUGACAUACCUCCACAAGAGAUCCUAACCAAAGACUCAGUAACUGUGUCUGUGGACGGUGUGGUGUACUUCCGCAUACAAUGUCCGAUCUCAGCUGUGGCCAAUGUGUCCAACGCACACUCGUCUACACGCCUGCUGGCUCAAACCACCCUGAGGAAUGUACUCGGCACCAAAAACCUCGCAGAACUGUUGUCUGACAGAGAGGGGAUAUCACUCAGUAUGCAGGAAUCUCUGGAUGAAGCAACCGAUCCUUGGGGUAUUAAGGUGGAGCGUGUGGAGAUCAAGGAUGUAAAGUUGCCUCAGCAGCUGCAGAGAGCCAUGGCCGCAGAGGCUGAGGCCAGUCGGGAGGCCAGGGCGAAGAUCAUUGCUGCAGAGGGAGAGAUGAAGGCCUCCAGAGCUCUGAAAGAAGCCUCUCUGGUGAUCGCUGAGUCACCCUCCGCUCUCCAGCUGCGAUACCUGCAGACACUCAACACCAUCGCAGCAGAGAAGAACUCAACCAUUGUCUUCCCUCUGCCCAUAGAUGUGUUGCAGAAUUUCAUGCAGAGGAAAUGAUGAAUCUCAUGGCCAGCAAGUCCUGUAAGAGCUAAAGUGAGUCAGAUUUGCACUCAUAUAAUUGUUAUAUUAUUACUAUAGUUAUAAGCUUCAGUGCUAACCCUUUUAGAUAUGGACCAAGAAGCCUAGCGUGUUUACUGCUUAAGUGUGCUCUACACUGCAUAAUCACUUCCUAACCAUAGAAUUUUAUCUAUUUUUACUAAGAAAAAAUAAAAAGAUCUCUAUAUUAUAAUUAUGUAUUUAAAGGUAUAUCCACUCCAAAUAUCACUUUUGUACAUGUAUUUUCUUACUGUGAUUUAAUUCUUAAAUACAAAGUGCAACAUAUACAGUAUAGACAUUAGUGUCUCAUCAUUGACCACAAUAUUUUAACCAGCUAAGCUACAGUUUCAGUUCUGGAGGAGGACAAAUAAAUAAAUAAAUAUAUGAAAUGUACAAGAAACGUAAAACAAACAAACAAAAAAAAUAUAUAUGCACAACAACCUUAAAAAGACAUGCUUUCAUAUAAACUUAUCCAGAGCAUAGAUUUCUGAAAUACUGAAGUACAAUCUUUACAACAGAAGUCCUGUAAACAAUCAACAGAAGUACAGACAUCCACGUGACACACCAACCGUCUCCGACAUUGGAUGGAAACUGUAAACAAAACCUCUUAUUCUCGAACAAACAUUCAGUAAAUGAGCACAAGGUUAUGUCCAUAGGACACAGAGGCAAUCAGUGCAAUCCAAGUACCUGAUGGAGAGGAACGUCAUUUCCACAUCCUUUCAGAACACACUAAACACCAGCGAACAAGUUAAACAUAAUAACUUGUUGUUGGAACAGUAAAUGCAACUCACCUACAAUCAAGUUCCUGUUUGAGCAGAUUUCCAUAUUUUAUGUCUGGGGAGCUGAUUAUUAAACCAUAUAAUAAAGCAAUAUUUCUGUUUCUAUUCCUAUA